UCACUGCCCUUUACCCGCUGACGGCAGAGGUCCUCUCUGUCACUCAGGACAAGCCGUGUGAGUGUGUGUGGUGGGGGGGACCUUCCACACUGUUUUAGUGACAAACUGGGGACACUUCUUCUUCUUCGCCGAUCCUGGUGGCAUCGAGAGACGGGAGACCGAGAGGCCACUUCUUCUUCUUCUCCUUGUUCUUCUUCUCAAUCUCCACACUCCCCUGUUCUUGCUCCAGUCUCCAGGGCCACUUCCCGGAGGAAGAGGGCCGGGAAUAAGACAGUCAUCGUGGCUCCCUGCUCGUAAAACUGAAGGCGGCGAAAACCCCUGCGAACAUCUGGACUCAGCGGACAAGUAACAUGAACUGAAGGGAGACGAGCAGGGGACUGUGUGCAAUCGUAAAGACAAGGGGGGGAUCAAAAACGGGAACCCAUUCUCCGCAAGGUCCUUCGCUUGGACAGUGAGGAUUUACAGGAACCAUGGGGAGGAAAAAGAUUCAGAUCCAGAGGAUCACUGAUGAGCGGAACAGACAGGUGACGUUCACGAAGCGCAAAUUCGGCCUGAUGAAGAAGGCCUAUGAGCUCAGCGUCCUGUGCGACUGCGAGAUCGCGCUCAUCAUCUUCAACCACUCAAACAAACUGUUCCAGUACGCCAGCACCGACAUGGACAAAGUGCUGCUGAAAUACACAGAGUACAACGAACCGCACGAGAGUCGGACUAAUGCGGACAUUAUAGAGACAUUAAGAAAGAAAGGUUUUAAUGGGUGCGACAGCCCCGAACCGGACGGGGAUGACUCCAUUGACCAGAGCCCUCUCAUGGAAGACAAAUAUCGCAAAGCCAGCGAGGACUUGGAUAUUCUAUUCAAACGCUAUGGUUCUGCAGUUCCUGCACCGAAUUUUCCUAUGCCAGUUACUGUACCUGUGUCCAAUCAGAAUACACUGCAGUUCAGCAACCCCGGGGGGUCUCUGGUCACACAGUCUCUGAUGACGGCCUCGCUCACAGACCCCCGGCUCCUGUCGCCGCAGCCGCCUAAUCUACAGAGGAACACAGUGUCUCCAGUGCUACCUCAGAGGCCAGCCAGUGCAGGAGCGAUGCUCGGGGGAGACCUUAACAAUUCUAAUGGAACCUGUCCAAGCCCCGUAGGCAACGGCUACAUAAGCGCACGCGCCUCGCCGGGCCUCAUACCGGUAUCGAACGGAAACACCUUGGGCAAAAUCCUCCCGGCCAAAUCGCCGCCAUCUCCAUCCCAGAACAAUCAGCUCGGAGCCAACAGCCGCAAACCGGACUUGCGCGUCAUCACCUCACAAGGUGGCAAGGGGUUAAUGCAUCACUUGACGGAGGAUCAGCUGGAAAUGAAUGCACAGAGGCUAGGAGGAGUCUCCCAAGCAACUCACUCCUUAACCACGCCCGUCGUUUCGGUGGCGACACCCAGUUUACUGUCACAUCAUGGACUGCCUUUUUCUGCCAUGUCCACAGCGUACAACACAGACUACCAGUUGACCAGCGCGGACUUAACUUCGCUCUCCACGUUCAGCUCUCCGGGAGCCCUGUCACUAGGAAACGUGUCCGCCUGGCAACAACAGCACCAACAACAACAACAGCAGCAACAACAACAGCAACAACAACAUCAACAACACCACCACCAAGCGCAGCAGAUGAUUCCAGUGUCGUUAAGUAAUCUGAUAUCCAGCGGACAGCUCUCACACACCGCCACGCUGACGGUCAACACCAACCCCAACAUCAACAUCAAGAAGGAACCCCCAUCUCCCAACCGCGAACGGAACACGGGCACCCCUCUGACGUCGUACUCUCACCAGGCCCGGCACGACGCCACCGGCCGCUCUCCCGUCGACAGCCUCAGCAGCAACGCAAGCUCCUUCGAGGGCAACGACAGGGAUGACGGCAGGGCCGACUACACCACCACGCUCGGGCUGCUGAGACCUUCGGGUGACACGGAAGGGGAGAGCCCGUCCGUAAAACGCAUGCGGCUCGACGCAUGGGUAACAUAACUGCUCCGCACAUCCGUCCCCCCCCCCCCUCGCCUCAUUCUUACGGGGAUGAGGUGCUGACCGGGAGAGGGAUAGGCAGACGGGAGCUAGUCACCAGUGAGGUUUAAUGCUGUAGGGUGGGAACCUAUCAUUAACUGCCUGAGAUAUAGCUUUAGUAUUUGGUAGGUGUUCUUCCUAGUCCAGCGCUUCAGGCAAUGUCUGCAGAGGACGUGGGACUCCAUGGCUGCAUUUACAAACCUACGCUGACUACAACUCCAGCCCUCCAAAGCCCACCGCUUACCUUGUUGUUUCGUCGACCACAGCUGCUAAAGUCAAUCUUCGCCACUGCCCUCCGUACACUUGCUCACCGCCUCACCCCGCUCUGCUUAUCCCAAGAGAUCUGUCCAUGGGGCCACCCGCCAAUUGGGGUGGGGGGCAGCUUUCACCGUCUAUUACUGGGUUGCUUGAAAGGGAAGCUGCAGACUCUGAUUUUAUUAUUAUUAUUAUAAUUAUUAUUUUUUAUUUUUUCGGCAUUCACGAAACGGUAAGUCCAAAAUGGCCGUCGGACGGAGCAGCAGCGGCCCUCUUGACAAACUGGAAAAUUGAAUUCCUCGCUGCUUCAUGGAACUUUUCAAUGGGGUCUUUUUUUUUUUUUUUUAAUCAAUUGUAAAGAAACCGGGUAGAUUAUUGGGAUCUUCACCACGGAGAGAGAGAGAAAAAAAGAAAGCCGCCAUCUUCCCACCAUUCACCGGUGAGACGAAAAAGAAAAGAAAAAACACAGACGGGACCGUCCAGAGAUCAAGCUAUGUAGACAUAUCUUUUAAGAAAAAAAAAACAAAAAAACUGUGACUGCACUGUCAACCCAUACCCUCCCGCCACCACCACGCCGCCACCUCCGCAAGCCAUGGAGCUCUAUCAUAAUGCAGACAAUGCCUUUUUAAAAGAGAGAGAGAGAAAAAAAAAAUUACAAAAAAAAUUAAUAAAAAAUAAAAAAAACAAAACAAGAAAUAUAUAUAAUAUAUACAUAUAUAUAUUUAUUCUUUUAGAUGCGGUUUUCUUAAUUUUGGAGGAAAAAAAGCUCAGUGUAUGAUUUCACUCCCACCCCAGCACAGGAUUUCCGGGUCGCAUUACAGGCGAGAAUGGGAAUUUCUAACGUGUAAAAGGCAGUAUGACUGCAAGAGAGAUGCCAUAGCCCAUCUAACCCCCCCCCCCCCCCCCAACACUCUAAAUUCGGAAGUGAAAUCAUAUUAGAUCUUUUUAUAUUCAAAGCCGUUUCCCGGCUUGGAAUUAAAGGGUUAAAUUUGACUAGGGGUCCAGGUACACAUCCAUAGCAGCCCGCUCAUUGCCCGGUCAGGACACCUGACAGACACUGCCACCUAUCGAAAACUGACGAUAUUUUUGUUGCUGUUUUGUUAGAAUUGUUUACCUUGGGGAGAGCUAAUUUGCAUUUUUUUUUUUUCCCACGGAGCAUUGCUACAAAGACUCCAUAAUCGGCUGAUCUCCUUAAGGUGUGGUCUCCCAACCAGUAUGCCUCCAGCU